AAAGCGCACCCCGAAUCCCCGAGGCGAUCCUGGGAAGGAGCUCCUUAGCCCCGUCGAGUCGAGAGCGGAGCCUGGCGCGCCCCGGGCGCCUCGCCAGCAGCAUCAGCGGCUUCUCCAAGGUGCGGCGGUGCGCUCCUCCUCUCGCUCUCCGAAGCGCGCGCCUGGAUGCCCGGCUGCGGUCCCGCGCCCUCUGCUGGCGAAGCCAUGACGCCGCACAGCCGCUCGGAGGCCGGGCAGCCUGAGCAGGCGGCCGCGGCCGCGGCAGCAGCCGCCAGCCGCGAGCUGGAGGUGCGCGGAGCGGGCGCCUCCGCCUCGUCCCUGCCCGCGGCGGUGCGGGGCGCGCUGGAGCUGGCCGAAGCCCGGCGUCGGCUGCUGGAGGCGGAAGGGCGCCGGCAGUUGGUGUCGGAGCUGGAGAGGCGUGUUGAGCAGCUGCACCGCGUCUUCAUCGAGGCCGAGCUGCGCAUGGCCAACCGCGCCGAGAGCUUGGGCCGCCUGGGCAGCGGCGUGGCGCAGGCCGAGCUCUACCUGACCACAAACGGGCAGCGCCUGAAGAAGAGCCUGCGGCGCUGCAAAAAAGCCAGGCCGCCCGCCUUGCUGGCUUCGGCGCUGGGAUUGGGCAGCUGCGUGCCUUGGGCUGCCUGCAGAACGCGCCGCGGCCGAGGGGGCCCCCCGGAGCCGCCCGAGUCCCCCUUCAAGAGGAUCCAGCAGGGGGCAGCACCAGCUCCUUCUCCCCAUCAGCCCCGGCGAACCCGGCCUUAGAAGUGGGGUGGGGCGCUGCACCCCUCUGCUACCCGCUGGAGGGAGGGUGUCGCUAGGGGGGUGGGGUGGAAGGCGACAGGUGCUAGUAAGCGUGCAGAGGGUCUUCCUUGCAGAAUUUUCCUCCAAGGAUGGGGACCGUUUCCCGAGCCCCCCAGAGCAGGAGGGUGUGGUGAUGAAUGUUGGUGAGCAUCCUUCCUUCCUUCCCCAUCUGCUUGUGGCAAACAGCUCCCUCCAGGCAGAUCCACCUUAUGCAUUUAAAGCAUUCUUAUUGCACAUUUAAAGUAUAUGACUUCCCCCAAGGAAUCCUGGCAACUAUAAUUUGUUAAGGGUGCUGGAAAGGUUUGUGAAGGAGCAAACUACAGUUCCUAGAUUCUUUGGAGGGAGUUGAAUGUGCUUCAGAUGUAUAGUGUGGCUCUUUUCCAGCUGCUCAUCAUCAUCAGAUCUAUUGGCUGCUCAACUAUUGGAGACAUCUGAUUCUCAUGACCAUCUCAUUCAUUGACUUUCCUUAUGGUUUGGAUAAGUUUGGCUUGCAACCAGCCCCAGAUUCAGCUCUGCUGCUCUUGAACUGGUCUGCUGAAGCUUUAAAGUUGUUCCAGAGCUGGCUUUUUUGGACUGACGGUCAGAGGGUGAGAUGAUGGUGGGAACCAGUCCUGGACCACUUGCCUUUAGGAAGCAAAAAACGGCACCUUCUGCUCCUAGGAAAUGAGUCCUUUUUACUAGGAGUCAAGCAGUUGGGUGCUUCAGCUUCGACUUUUGGAAAUGUCUAUUACCACAGGAGGCCUCUUCAUUGCAUUCUAGUGAGGACCCAGAGCAAAAUGGGCAGCAUCAAUAUGUCUAGGCAGCCCUUUUGGCAGCAGCUGGAGAGAGGGUGUUGAGUCUGCUGGUUCUUAUGCAAUCAAAAAGUACCCAUCUGUUUUGUAGAAACUCAUCCUUUUUAGUCCAGGGCCUCGGAGAGCUUCUGGAUUGUGCAGAACCUGGAAACAUUUCAUCUUUGCAUAACUCUUAAAAGCAGUCAGUUUUUUUGUGGCUUGACAUUGCCCCUCCUAAACUCUGCUGGUACCCAUGGGUCUUUGAAGAAAUAAAUUUUGGUUCAGGAGAAGAGCAAGUCCCAUCCCUCAUAUAUAUAUAUAUAUAUAUAUAUAUAUAUAUAUAUACACACACACACACACACACACACACACACACACACACACAUGGCUUGGCUUCCGAGUUGUCUGCCAAAGAUUCCACCUUGAAGUUGCUUCCGGCCAUGGGACUUUAGUGAUGUGGAGGAGUAGGCUUGCCCAACGGUAAGCACCUGCUUGACAGACUUGACCUUCACCUGACACUCUGCUGCUAGAUCUUCCUCAAUGCAGGUGCUUCUUUUACCCAGCAAGGCUGCUGGUCAUGCUUGGCUUCUAUUCUCCUCUCCCCACCACAUUUCCUGUUACUGGUUCCAAGAAAUUGGCCUUAAUUUUGCCCUAGUACAUAACAAAAGCUUCCUUUAUCCACCGAGGGAAACUGCCAUGGAACUGCAACCAAGACAAGAGGUAUCCCGAAUUGCUCCUUCCUGCUGUUUUGGACAAUGGCGUUACGGGGACUGAGCAGGAAUUUUUUCCUACAAUGAUUGUAUUAGAGCUCUUCCUUAGCCUUUUGUCUAGCACUUACUGACCUGAGUUGGACUGACCUGCUGUUCUGAACAUCAGAAACACUAUAAUUUCUCAUAUUGAGAAUCUAUCUUGGUCUUUAUUGGGGCUAGAGUUUGCCUCUUGCUGGUUAGCUGAUGGGAACUUCUGAAAUACUUUUAUUUAUUGCACUUUUAAUGUAGAUGUUGGCGUUGCUUUGCCAUUUAGAAUCUUACAGGGUAAUGAAUGGGUGCAGAAUAUCCACUGGAUAUUGUGCCCUUGAUCCUCUGUAUCCAACAGGUUUGGGUAUAUGGGGUGAAGACAUGCCAGCUUUGUACUUUUGUAUUAGUUCCACUUUCAGCUGCUUUGACAAAGGAACAGAUUGAAUCAGACUUCAAAACGGGGGGUCAAAACAGGGCGCUGAAAUAAAGCCAGGCUGCAUUUCUUUUACGUAGGUAGGGCUACAGCAUGUGCUUAGAAUUCGAAGCUAAAAUACUCGUUAUGUAACAGGAAUGUACUGUGCAGUCUAAGUAAUACUGGACAAAAUUGCUCAACUUUCUCACUACAAAAAUAACUGUAGGGGUUUUCUUGUAGAAUUCGGAUUGCUUUUGCAUCUAGCGAGGUAGCCUAGUUACUCUUCUGCAGCAAACACAACAAGGAGCUUUUGGCACCUGUGAGGUUCACCAGGUUUAAGCUUUUGAUGGUGCCAUCCAGGCAGGACUUUGGGGCAAAUGUCCCGGGCUGCACUCAGCAGAAUGGGCAUGGGCAUCGGGAGGGGGACCUAUGCCACAGGUUUGGCUAAUCACAUUCUGAAGUGAAUGAAGUAGCAGGCAUUGCCAUCAAAAGAGGUAGGGAGACAAGACCAUUAAUUCCAGAGACACUGCAAUUCUAACCUCGCUUACCUGCGAGUAUGCCCCAUUUGAUUCAGUUGGUCAUACUUCUGAGUAGGCAUGGUUAGGACUGCAUUCUAAAAUUACCUAGCUGUGCUGCUGCAGGAACUGGAGCAGUGAGGGAGACUGAUGCAUGAAGCACUGGGAGAUAGGCGGAGUGGUGCAGUAGGAAGAAAAGGAGCUCAGGAGGAGGCAUGAGCUCACUGGAGAAAUGCAAGCAUCCAAAGAAGCCACUUAGGUUUGAUAACAGCCAGACUUAAAAGCAAAAGGUCUAGAAACUCCCUUUAAGAAAAAAGGAGGGAGAUUGCAAAAUCAGGAUUGAAAUAAAGUCACUGCAUUUAACCCAAUGUUAUCAUAACCAUCAGGCUAACAAGAGGUUGUUUGAACAACUGAUGCUUAGAGCUAACACAACAAUAAAAAUAGUGGGGACAGCAGGAGAGGAAUUCUCAUUUUUGAACACAGGUUUCUCAAGAGACUGACAUAAUAUUUUUUAAAAAUAUUAGCUUCUGAAAACUAAGGGCUCAUCCAAACGUACACUAGGCACAGGUCCAUACUUUAAAGCACUGUGUCCGAGCGCUCCCCCCCCCAACACUUUCCCCAGGUUGAAGCCCUGGAAGGACAUCUUGAACAGGUUAAAUGCAUUGAAGAGUGACCGUAUGAAGAGUGACCUUUAUCCAAAUAUGCAACCUCUCUUCUCUUUCCCUGGAACGUAUACAGUGCAGUCCUAUAUAGGUCUACUCAGAAGUAAGUCCUACUGUGUUCAAGUGUGGAUAGAAUUGCAGCCUAAGAAAGGGCCAGGCUGCCAAUCACUAGCAAUUUGGAUAAACACAUACUUUCAACCACAGAGUUGCAUCCAUAUGCAGCAGGAAUGUCCAACUUCUGAGAGACUGUGAUCUACUUGCACGAAAAAAACACUGGCAGUGAUCCACCCAUUGUAUUGACCGGAGUUGUUGAGCUUUUUUUAGGGAGCAAAAAUUGUUGAUUUUUUUGGGGGGUGUGUGUGUGUCAGGGUCUCACAAUCGACCAGGAUCGACCACGGAUCCCUGCGAUCGCCCAGUAGAUCGCAGUUGACCUGUUGGACAGCCCUGACAUAUAGCAAAGAAAAUUGGGAUUCAUGUGGUUUGGAUAAUGACGGUGCGAGAGGUACUGGUUCUGACCUAGCUGUCUUGCAUGGUUGCCAGGUGCAAAAGAGGACAGGGCUCCUGUACUUUUAGUAGCAAUGUAGAAAAGGGAAUUUCAGCAACUGUAGCUUGUCAUGAAGCUAUUAAAGGUGCAGGAGCCCUCUCUUUUGCACCUGGACACCCUAUUCAGUUAUAAUAUUUGCCCUUCCCAUACAGCAAUCCAUUACAAGCAAUCCAUCUGAAGAAGCGUGCAUGCACACGAAAGCUCAUACCUAUGACAAACGUAGUUGGUCUCUAAAGUGCUACUGGAAGGAAUUUGUUUGUUUGUUUCCAUUACAAGAAUGUAAAGGACAGGAAAUUUUGAAGCUGCUUCUCCCCCCCUCACUCCGAUCUUUGGCAUCAGAAGGGACUCCUGUUAUCUUCGCCUAGUAGGGAUAAAAUGAUACGUCUACUCUCCUCUUUUAUAAAGGAACUCGAAGGUAUUUGGUGGUGUGUUUGUUUUAGAAAUAAAUAGAUAAAUAAAUUGCUAUUUCAUGAAAGUGCUGCAGGGACUACCUUAAUAUGGAUGAGAUAAUCAGGCAGCUGGUCUGUUACGUAAUCUUUGCCUCCCAUAUGUUUCUGGUGAAGGGCUCCUGCCCUGCUGAUGCGGCAUUUGGGCUCUGUUGGAACAAAUGUACAUAUUUUGCUACAGGCACCAGCUGGAAAGGAGCGCAGAGUUUAUACCCAAAUAAACAUUGUGUUCAUUGUUUUGAAGGUGGUUGACUUAAGCCAGGUGGAAGAGGUGAGACACGCAAAGCAAAUCCCAGCACCCGGGUGAUAGCUUUGCAAAUGAACAAUGGGAAAUACUUUGAAAGUGUGAUUUUCUCCCUCCCUAUGGUUGAACACCUGUGCAUGCUUACCUGGGAGUAAGUCUCAUUGGGGAUUGCUUUCAAGAGGGCAUGUGUAGGAAUGCUGAAUAGCCGUGAUCACAAAAUCAUGUGAAUCUGGAGGAGUGUCAUUGAAAUUAAAAGUGCUUAUUGAGUAGAUUUCUGCAGCUGAAAAUAAAGGCACAUGACA